AUGAUCUCGACCAUCUCAACAGCAAUAAUGCCAAUAACAGCCGCCUACAGCUGGCACGCUUUUCUUGUGGCACGAUUUUUCCAGGGAAUUUCAUUCGGUGCUGACUUCGCGGCCAUCGGACUCAUCGUUGUUCACUGGGCUUCACUCAAACAACAUGGGUUUUUCAUCUCAUUAUUGUCAUCCUUCUCGCAGUUGUCUGUCAUGUUUACGAUGCCAGUAGCGGGCGAGCUAUGUGAAUCCUCAUUGGGAUGGCCGUCUGUUUAUUAUUUGCACGCGGCUCUCAGUGGAGCUUUGUUCACAGCUUGGUACUACUACUACAGAAACAACCCUGCCGAACACCCUUCGAUGACUGACAUCGAACUCGAAAAGAUCCAUCGCGGCAAAGGAGACGUCAAAGAGCGGUUCAGCACACCCAUUAAAGUAAGUUGCCGGAUAGAACUUCAACAUAAAAACAACCCUGCCGAACACCCUUCGAUGACUGACAUCGAACUCGAAAAGAUCCAUCGCGGCAAAGGAGACGUCAAAGAGAAGGAAAGCACACCCAUUAAAGAAAUCAUGACUCAUCCGGUGAUGUGGGCAGUGUGGUUGUCUGCAUUCGGUGAACUCAUGAUGUCGCAGUUUAUCGUCAUGUAUGCACCAACCUACCUCAAAGAGGUUCUUGGAUUCCGAGUUGCUCAUACUGGUUACUUUGUUGCGGUACCUCGUGCACUUCACUUAGCUUUCAAAAUUAUUAGCGGUAUUGCGAGUGAUAAGAUUGAAUUCUUAACGGAGAAAACGAAAAUGAAGAUCUUCAACACAAUUGCCUUGACGGUAUCAGGAACAUUCUUCUGUAUACUUGGAUUUUUGUCAAGAGAUUUGGCAAACUAUGCACUCAUCGCACUGCUCAUUAUUGAAUGUUCGACGGGUUUCAUCUGUGGAGGGUUCUAUAAAUGCGCUACACUUGUUGCCAGGUAA